CUGUCCAUCUCUCUUUUCAGCCAAUGAGGAAAGAGCCGGAGGUUGUCACGGUAACCCUGAAGAAGCACAACGGCAUGGGCCUCAGCAUCGUGGCCGCCAAGGGUGCUGGUCAGGAGAAGUUGGGCAUCUACAUCAAGUCUGUCGUCAAAGGAGGAGCAGCCGACGUGGACGGUCGUUUGGCUGCAGGUGACCAGUUGUUAAGUGUGGACGGGCGCAGUUUGGUCGGCCUAUCACAAGAGAGAGCGGCCGAGCUGAUGACGAGAACGGGUUCAGUCGUGACUCUGGAGGUCGCCAAGCAGGGAGCCAUUUACCACGGACUGGCUACUCUCCUCAACCAGCCAAGCCCCAUGAUGCAGAGAGCGUCGGACCGCGGCCGUGAGAAGAACGGGAAAUUGCGACCAAAGAGCGAAGGCUUUGAGUUGUACAACAGCUCGGUGCAGAACGGCUCUCCGGAGAGUCCGCAGGCUGGCUGGGACUGUUACCCCGAACCAAAGAAGAUGAGCAGCGAGGACCGGCUUCUUAAGAACCGGGCCGACCACCGCUCCAGCCCCAACGUAGCCAAUCAGAGCCAGAGUCCUGCGGGCAAGGCCGUGUACCCGGGAGGACCCGGCACUAAGAUCACCUCCGUCUCCACCGGCAACCUGUGCGCAGACGAUGAGCCCUCCCCUCCCCAUCCAGAGGCCUACCCCAUCCCCACCCAGACCUACCCCAGGGAGUACUUCACCAUCCCGGCCUCCAAGAGCCAGGAUCGGGUGGUGGGUUCUGGGCAGGGGCCGUCACAGCACUGGCAGGGCAUGGAGGACAGAGAACGCCUCCCUGUGGUGGAGAACAUCCACAACAGCAUGCAGCGGGUUAACCACUCUCAGGAGGAGCUGUACCCUCCACCAGGAGGUCUGAGGCCAGACGAGCGCAUGCAGCCGCACUACCAGCAGGACUACCAGCACCCGAGUCUGGACUACCAACACAGAGAUGUUGAAUACCAGAGAGGUCCACCAGGAGGUGUCGGAGGUCCUGACCACUGGGCCCCUCAGCCUCAGGUGUCUUCCUCGUUGGAGUCUUCCACGUCCAGCCAGGAGCACCUCAACUUCUCAGCCUCCUCUUCCUCUUCCAACAAAAACCCCAACCAGAAGACGGGGCCGGGCCGAUGGAAGACACCCAACGCCCCGCACGCAGUGCAGCCGCAUACGGCUCAGACGCCCUCGCGCUCCGACCUGCCCCCUCCCCCACCUCCACCGCCAGCCCCUUACCCCGAAGUGUACGACCCAUACGACCCCCAGUCCGACCUGCCGCUGCCACCGCCCCCCGCCGCCGUCACACCUGCGGCAGCUCAGCAGGCGGCCGACCGCAAGAAGCGCGAGGAGCAGCAGCGGUGGUAUGAGAAGGAAAAGGCUCGGCUGGAGGAGGAGAGGGAGAGGAAGAGGAGGGAGCAGGAGAGGAAGUUGGGUCAGAUCCGGGCCAACCCCGUCAUGCCCGUCCAGCCUCACAACAACGGAGGGUCGAUGCCUCCUCCUCACCACCAGCCCCCUCUGGCAUCCGUGGCUCCACCUCAGCCCUACAUGCCCCCGCAGCCCCAACCUCAACCUCCUCCCCCCCCAAGACCGGAGAAGCUGGCCAGUCUGCCUCGGUCGGCUGUUCCUCCACCUGCCAGUGCCGCCCACCCCACCGGAAUGGACACGGUGAUCAGGGAGCUUCUACCGCAGCAGCAGCCACGGACCAUCGAGCGGCGAGACCUGCAGUACAUCACCAUCAGUAAGGAGGAGCUGACGUCCAGCGACAGUCUGUCUCCAGACCCCUGGAAGAGAGACGCCCGCGAGAAGGCGGAGAAACAGCAGCAGCUUCACAUAGUGGACCUGCUGGACAAGGAGAUCCAGGACCUGCAGGCCAAGCCGGAGCGAACGGCGGAGGAGAGCGACCGCCUCAGGAAGCUGAUGCUGGAGUGGCAGUUCCAGAAACGACUGCAGGAGUCCAAGCAGAGCGACGAGGACGAGGAGGAGGAGGAUGACGAGGACGUGGACACCAUGAUGAUCAUGCAGAGGCUGGAGGCCGAGAAGAGAGCCAGGCAGCAGACUGCUGUCCCAGCUAUCUCUGUUCUAGACUUGUUGCAGGACGAGGAGCGGCGGCGUAAGCAGCAGCUGGAGGAGAUCCGUAAGCGGGAGGCGGAUGAGCGAGUGAAGCAGGAGGAGGAGAGGAUGUGGAGGGAGGAGGAGCGAGCCAGACGAGAGGCCGAUGAAAAGAGGAGACAGGAGACGGAGUACUACACUCGCCUGGAGGCCGAGCGGCGCCGGCAGCACGAGGAGGCCGAGAGAAAGCUGCUGACGCCCGACGACCCGGCCGGUCUGUAUCGGCCCCCGCUGCCCCGGGACUACCAACCCCCCGCCCCCAACAACCCUACUAACAACCCCCCGCCCCCCCCACAGAGAAACACCUCCUACCUCAAAACCCAGGUCGCCUCCCCCGACACGCUCUACACCGCCACGUUUGUCUCCUACGCGGGCGACGAGGAGGACGAGGAGGAAGGCAAGGAAGCCCCCCGAGCAGGGAGUGGCGGCGGCGGGGGGCACUUGGGUCAGGUGAAGCUGUCGGCGACCCGGAAGUCGUAUGGCGACCUCCCGGCCUCCGCCUCACCCAAUCACAGCAGGCCUCAGCCGCCGCCCACUGCGCGCAAGCCCCGCCCUCUUUCUGACGGCAUCUUCCUGUCUGGCUCGUUCCAGCCGCCAGUCAACAACUCCAACAGUACAGGCCCCCCCCUUCCUGCCAAACCCAGCUCCGUGCCCCCGGGAGGCUUUAAAGGUAGACGCAGAGAGAGGAGGGAGGAGUCAGGCUCGCCACAGCGCCCUCUACAGCUCCCAUACCUCCCUCUCAUUCACUCACCUCUUCAUUUACUCCAUGGUUUAGUUCUAGCUUGUGUUUCUUUCUCAGUAGACGAGUUCUGUCUUUUCAUUUCCACCGUCGACUUUUUUCCACUUUUAAAUGUUUGUCCAAAUUGUUUUUUAAUUUAUUUUUUUUCUCAAAUUUCUCGUCAGUCGGUCAUUUCCUGUUCGUUUUUUAUAUCUGUGGAAAUUUCCCUCCCUCUCCUCCAGUGAAUCAGUAUUUGUUUUGUAUUCUUCAUGUUGUUAGGUUCGAACACCUCCUCCUGUCCCCAGGAAAUUAUUUUCUUCCUUCA